AUGUUUAUUCCUGAAGCACUUACUAUGUCCUAAUCUCCUCAACAUUAAUUUAACACAAUUGACUAAUCACAAUAGCAAAUAAACUAAGUUGAAACAAUCUAAUUUGGCUAGAUGUUGAAAACAAGAAAAAUAGUUCCUGAGCUUAAAAUGAGAAAAAUAUAUUUAAUGAAGGUUUGAAAUUCUUUAAUAAUUAGGAUUAACUAAGAGAGAAGAAUGUUUGGAUAGAAAUGUAGAUAAAUCAAUACCGAUAACAAGAUUCGAUUCUCCAUGAUGAAACUAGUAAGAAAUCAUAUAUAUUUAUUUUUGAAGAGUUUUGUAGAAUCUGUUUAUGUGAUGAUGGUAAUUCUGAUCUCAUAAGACCCUGUAAAUGUAAAGGUUCUUUAUAAUAUAUACAUGAAAAUUGUCUCAAAAUCUGGAUCUUAGAAAAACAAGGAAUUGAGAAGGUGUAUAAAAAUAAUGUAAGAUGGAAUUUAUAUAAAAAGAUAGAUUGUGAAGUUUGUCAUUCAAAAUUUUUAAUGGAAACUAAAUUUUGUGAUUAAAAAAAGUUAAAGAUGAUACAAAGAGCAACAAAAGCUAGAAAGUGUUGCUGGAUAAUCGAAAUAAUAGUUUCUUUUGGAAUUAUUGGAAUAAUUAUUGGAUUAAUCUUUUUAAUAAUUACAGUAACAAGAUACAAUAAAUAUUAGAGUGAAAGAAUAGAUCCUUUGGUUUUAGCAAGUGCAUUAGUGCUUUUCAUUUUAUUGAUUUUAAAUAUCACUUUUAUCUAUGCAAGUUGUAUUGAUCAAGUUAAAGUUGAAGUACUUGAUCCUUGGAAAAUUAUAGAUAUUCAAGGAGAAAGUUAUUCUUAAUCAAUUUCAAUAUUGGAAUUAGAUAACCAAAUUAAGUAAAGUAUUUAGAUUGUAAACAACAAUGAUAACAGAUAGAAUAGACGCUAUUCUACAUUAAAUGUAAUUUAAAUAUAAAAUUGA